CCGGGCUGUCGUAAAUUAAUCGGGGGAAAAUGAAACCAAAAACGGAAGGAGAAAACGCGCACGCAAACAAAUUUUGGAAUGUUCAAUAAAAAUACGUUGUAGCCACAAUCCAGAUAGGUUCGUAUUAUUGAAGCCACACCAAACUAAUAUGAUUUAGUUCAACAUACGGCUGCUAUAUAACUUUAUGGAAGGAAUAUCAUGAAAGACAAACUUUAAUGAGUCUAAGCUGCUACUUUGGCAAACUAUUAUUGCUUCCUAAAUGGGCCGAUUUUUAUUUUGUAUUCGAUAGUUAUAUAUUCAUGGGCUAAGCAUUAGGUAGAUUGAUCCACCAAAAAUUAUUCCCAAUCUAAUAGUAAAACACUAUAAUACAGCCUCAUUUCAGAGAGGUGUAUAAUCAUGCAAUUAAUUUUGCAAGCAAUUCAAGUUAUGAGAUUUAGCAAUCUGUCAUACUCCCAUAUGCAGUAGCUUGAGUGAAGCCUACAUAAUUGUUCACUUUUGCUUGCUUCUUCCCCUUUAAUUACUUAUAAACAUAAUGAUUCUCGCGUAUAUAUAUAUUGAAGAAUCUGCAGAGUGCUAUUUGUAAUCAAAUUCUUCAAGUCAAGUACUACUAUAUAUAAAAUGAGAUCUUCGAUUUUGAUUUCUGGUGCUAACGGUUUCAUUGCACAACAUAUUAUUAAACUAUUGCUUGACAAAGGCUAUAGUGUCAUAGGGACAGUGAGGUCAGAGGCUAAAGGGGAACAAGUAAAAGAGGUUAUCCAUUCGGACAACUUUUCUUACGAGGUAGUACCUCACAUUGGAGCAGAAGGUGCAUUGGAUGAAGUACUUAAAAGGCACCCCGAAGUUACUGUAUUUUUACAUACUAAAUCUUCUGCAAGUGUUCCUACCGAUGAUGUAGAAAAUAAUUUGCUAUUGCCUGCAGUUAAUGGCACCAAAAAUGUCCUACAAUCUGUUCUAACUCAUGGACCACAAAUAAAACGAAUGGUUCUUACUUCUUCUGUGGUUGCUGUUUUUAAUUGGUUUAAAAAAUUUGACCCAAACAAAACUUAUACGGAAGAUGAUUGGAGUCCAAUCACUUGGGAAGAAAGCUUGAAAGACUCAGAAGCUGGAUAUUUUGGUUCCAAGAAGUUUUCAGAAAUAGCUGCUUGGGAUUUUGUAAAAGAGAAGAAUCCUAGCUUCAAACUUUCAACCGUCAACCCAGCAUUUGUGUUAGGUCCGCAAGCUUUUGAAGUGACGAAGAAAUCACAGUUGAACUAUUCAGCUGAAUUAAUUAAUCAAGUUAUCAAAUUAGGAUCUUCUGAUAAGAUUCCCGAAUUCACUGGGUUGUUUGUUGAUGUAAGAGACGUAGCUAAAGCUCAUAUUGCAGCAUUUGAAAAAGAAGAAGCAGCCAACAAAAGGUUAUUAUUAGUGAGUGAUCGCUUUACAAACGAAGGUCUAGUUCUAAUUAUCAAUAAAAACUUUCCAGAAUCUACAGUUCCCAAUGGUAGUUACGAAAAAGAUCAAGAACAAUUGUCAAGGGCACUUAAAUAUGACAACUCAAAAACCAAGAAAUUACUUGGGUUUGAGUUCAUUUCAUUGGAAAAAUCGGUGUUUGAUACUAUUCAACAAAUAUACUCUGCAAAGUGAUUUCUCAUUUAAUUUACUAAUUCAAAAUCUUAAAAAGGAUAUAGCUGAAGAUAAUUUAGUCAGAUUGUAAAUAAUUGAUACUAUAAUGUAAGCCACUAAAGAAAUUCAUUCAUUAACGCAAGCAGUCAACAUGCAUUAAUUACAAAGAAACAUGUUUUAACAACAGCAGAAGCAAUUGAAAUAUGUUACUACCCAAUACGCUGUCUCUUCUGAUUGUUGCUGUAGUUUCAAUCAAUACAAAGAUUGUGAGUAAAAUAGCAAUACUUGACACUAUAAUUCGGGGAUUCCCUAUUUGAGAAAUAUUUCUCCCACUUAUAAAAUAUCUGAUAUUCAUCUUUUAUUUGUUGAUGUUCGUGAUGUUGCAGCUGUUCAUAUUUCGGCUUUUGAAAACUCGGACGACCCGGGUAAGAGAUUGUUCCUCGUUUCUGGUACAUAAAGUUCUCAAGGUAUUGUUAAUAUAAUCCAUAAGAAAUUUGCUCAAUUGAAUAACACUCCAGUUGGAGAGCCCGAAAAGGAUACUUUAUACGGCAGCUCUACUUUUAAAUUUAAUAAUUCCAAAACUAUUGAAACCUUGAAAGUUUGAUUGUUACCAUUAAAACUAUCGGCUAUUGAUUCAGUGCAACGAAUUUUGGAGGCGAGCUAAAAAAAAAAAAAAUUGUCGGCUCUUUAGCUUGGUUUAUCAUUAUUUGAUACUUGUAUAAAUAUAAAUAUACAG